CCGCCCCCCCUCGACGCCCUAGCCCUCCGACUUUCUCCACCAGCCGGGAAACUUAGCUAUUUUGAACAGUUAAUUGAUCAUUAUUGUCUUGAGGACAACCCAGAGUCUUGGGAUUAUGUUAUCCCUAAAAUGGCCAAGCUUAUUCGGGGUUGGAAGAGUGCUCUAAAAAAUAGAUAUUUUACAAAAAUAUCUACUGAUUGGAAGAGGAUCUAUGAGCUUGAUAAGAGAGUUUAUCCAUUUAAUUGGAUGACUCUCAUUAUCGAGUGGGAGGGUGAGAAGAAGAAAAUAUGUGAGACAGCAUCGGUGAAUCGCAAAAUGAAGAUAUACGAUCACUUCUUAGGAUCUACUCCUUAUGCUCGGAUCGAGCAUAAGUAUUUGAGUGAAAACCCGGACGCUUUGACUAUGCCCCCGGCUCUUCUUGCUAGAAGAGCUUAUACACCGCCCCAGGGCUAUGAAAAUAUAGAGGGAAAUGACAAAAAAGUGGAGAAAAUUAAUGAAUUGGCGGCGGUGGAAGCUUCUCAAAACGAGGUCUUGACCCGUGUCAGUCAGUCUCAGGGUACAGAGGACACUCCUGUAGAGCCUAACCGCAUGACCAGAGACGAGUAG